AUGUCUUCACUAAAAGACCUUCUGAAGUCUGUUUCACAGGAAGAGCAAUUGCAGAAACAGCUUUUAAUUGUCGGUGGUCAAGAAGUGGGCCAUAUCCAGCUUUUGAAUGCAUUUGGAAUCAGAGACGUCAGUAUCAUACCGUACGGAUUUCAUCUGGCAGAACGCGCAGAUCUUCAACUUUGUUUCCACUCUUUUGCUGGCGAAUAUGGUGCGGUAUAUCAAACAAUAAUUGACAGGCUUCUUGCGAGUUCGCUAGUUGUCUAUAUUCUAGAUGCUCUGGAUCUAUUGAAGGAUGAACCGACACAAGAAACAAUUUUCGAGCGUGUUUCUGGAUCUCUCAAACCAUGGAUUGAUGCCUGCUCUAAGGCCGUCAGCUGUUGUGUAUUAGUCCAGAAUGUGUCUCGUGUUGACUACAAUGUCAAAAGCGUGUCGAACAUGGAUUAUCUACAGCAAUUAGUGCGACUCAUCAUGAUGGAUAAAAAUGGUGCCGUACUGUUCUUUCAGGAAACAGAUACCCCUCAGGACAUUAUCCAGCUAUUGAAAGGCACGGCUGAACUGCGGAUCAAAGAUUAUGACAACGUGUUUGUGCCCAGCGGAAGUGAUAGCUACGGGAAGAUCAAAGUACUUAAUGAAGACUUUGCAUGUGAGGAGACGCUUGAAAAAUGGCAUAGUGUGGAAACAGUCGCCAAAGAAGUGCCUACCAAUGCAACAUCGACCAACUCUGAGAACUUGAGGCAAAAGUAUCAGGACUUUCUAAGACAGAUCCAUUUGGCUGUGUAA